AUGUCAUUCUUAUCUCAAAAACAGAAGACAGAUCUUAACAAUUCCAUAUUAAAUUAUCUUAAACCUUUGGUUUCAACUGAUGUUUUAAAUAACUUACAAAAUGAAUUAAAUAUUACAGAUAUACAGGAUGAUAAUGAUUUAUUAAUUAAGAAAUGGAAUGCUAUAAUACGGCUACAGAAGAAAAUAUUGGAUUUGGAAUCUCAAGUAAAUCAAUUAUCAAAACAAUCAACAAAUUCUUCAUAUUUACAAAUUGCAUCAUUUACAAAUUCUGAUUUAAUAAAAUUAAAUUGGGCUCCUUCAAAAGUUAAGAAAACUUUGAAUAAUGAACAUUCUGUCACUUCUGUUGCUAUUCAUCCUAUGCAACCACAAUUAUUCACUGGAUUAUCUGAUGGUUCUUUUUUACAAUGGAAUCUGUUGGAUUUAGUUCAACCUUUAAAUAUAAUUCAUGCACAUACAAAAUCUUUAAAUCAAUUGGUAAUAUCUCCAGAUAGAUUAGAUUUUAACAACAAGAACCAUGUUAUUGUAACAUGUGGUUCAGAUCUUUAUGUGAAAGUUUGGGAUGCAACAAGUUGUAAAUUAUUAAGAACUUUAACAGGUCAUGAACAUGUUGUUUCUUCAAUUGUUUUCAAAAAAAAUUCAAGAUAUAUAUUUACUUGUUCAAGAGAUCAAACUAUAAAACUUUGGGAUUUAACAAAUGGUUGGUGUAUAAAAUCAUUUAUUGGUCAUUCAGAUUGGGUAAGAACUUUAGAUUUAACAGCUGGUGAAUAUUUAUUAUCUGGUUCAAAUGAUCAAAGUAUAAGAUUAAGUCAUGGUGAUUCUGGUACUGGGUUAGGUAUAAUGAUUGGUCAUGGUCAAGUUAUUGAAACUGUAAAAUUUAUACCAAUAAGGUCAAAUAAAUAUGUUGAUAAAUUAAAUCAAUUAGAUUAUCCAAUUGAUGAUGAAACUUAUAAUAAAAUUGGUUUUAAAUAUGCUGUUAGUGGUGGUAGAGAUGAUACAAUUAAAAUUUGGUUAUUACCACUACCCAUAAUAAGACCUCAUAAUCAUCCAAUACCAUCUUCAAACCCUCAAGGUAUAUUAAUUAAAACUUUAAUUGGUCAUAAAUCUUGGGUAAAAGAUUUAGAAUUCCAUCCAAAUGGUAAAAUUUUAAUAAGUUGUUCAGAUGAUAAAUCAAUUAAAUUUUGGGAUUUAGAAAAUGGGGAUUGUAUAAGGACUUUACAAGAACACCAGGGAUUUAUAAAUUCAAUUAAUUGGGCUCCUUCUAUUUUUGAAAAUCCUGAUGAUAGAUCAACUAAUGAUGAAAAAUUAAUUGAUGAAAAUAUGAGAUGUUUAUUUGUUUCUGGUGGAACUGAUCAAACUGUUAAAGUUUGGGAAUAA